GUUUCAAAUAUGUGCGUGUAAUUGUGAUAAUAUAUAUAUGAAACAUGGAUUGGUCCCCGGAGGACGAUAUUCCUGGAAGGCUCCUUCACCAGGCUGCUCUGUGGGACAAUGUCGACCUUUUGGAAGAUUUACUUAAAGGCGACCAAAGUGCCAUGAUAAAUAGUCAAGACAGUUGGGGCCGAACACCUUUACAUGCUGCUGCAAUAACUGAAGACUCAAGAUGCUUAAGAAUUCUUCUUCAAGCAGGUGCUGAUCCGAACAGCAAAUGUGGACCGAGAGCUGAUAAUUGUACGGCCCUGCACAUGAGUGUAGCCCACGGUCAUGCAGGAAACGUAGAAUGCCUAUUAGAAUUUGGAGCAAAUUUUACAGACAAAGACAUAUCAGGAAUGACUGCUCUCGAUAUAGCAGAAAGGGAAGGCAAUGUUGAAUGCAUUAACCUGCUGAAAAAUGCUUCAGAUGAGCGAGAAAGAGCGCAGCAGGCACUGCGCUGCGCCGUAUCCCGCGGCGACAUGCGGGCUGCACGAGAACUGCUGCAGCAGCUUGGGCCGGAGGCGAAGGCUGUCGUUAAUUGCGCUCCGGGAGGAACCAAUACACUUCUAUUUAGUGCUUGCCAAUUAGGUCGCACUGAAAUGGCGACAAUGCUGCUGCAGCAGGGAGCAGAACCACGGGCACAUCCCGUAACUGGAUAUACACCAUUGUACACUGCUUGCCAUCAUGGACAUGUCAACACUGCUAAACUGUUGUUGGAAAAAUAUCCUGAAUUAGUCCAGCAAGCUACGAUGGAAAAGUGGCUUCCGUUGCAUGCUGCAUGCAUCAAUGGACAUGUUGAAGUAGUUCGGCUGCUGUUAAGUUUUCAUUAUCCGGAGCACCUUUUAACAACAUAUACGGAUCAGGCAAAUAGAUGGCAAUGGCGAUUGGCUUUUGAUCCGAAUGCCCAGGAUGUUACCAAGCAAACUCCACUAUACAUGGCAAGUCUUUUAGGAAAUAAAAAACUUGUUGAUCUCUUAUUAGGCUGGAGAGUGCCUGCUACCAGAACACAUGAGAAAAAUGAAGACAGCACUCCGUCCUCGGCUACACCUACACCAUCACCAAGUAGUCCUAUUAAAAGAAGAAUCUCUGAAGGAAUUCAGAACAUCAUGAGUAAAUUGAGUUUGGGUUCAUCACAGCAACAGGAUUCUCCGCACGAACGCAUGCUGACUCCCCUUCGUCCAGAUAUCCUCUGCGGCACCGCAGCAGUCGAUUCAUCAGGUGCUGGUGCUCGAAAUGGAGCAGGAGAAACAGCCUUAGGAGCAGCUGUACGUGGAGGACACUUGGAAGUUGCACGAGCUCUAUUGCGUGCUGGAGCAGAUCCCAAUUUGGGAGGAGGCGUCACUGACGGCAACGAUUUGGGAACAAUUAACUCUGAUCAUGAAUCAUCAAUCCGUAACUCUACUGCUCCACAAACUCCUCAAUCGACGCCGACCACCGCCGUAACUCCGAUAACAUCACCGUUAUCGCCAACGUCUGCGCUUAUAACGGCUGCUUCUGGUGUUUCCGGUCUUCCGGGCAAUUCUACAGGUUUAUCAUCACCUUUGGUGGAGGCGGCCAGACAGCGCAGUUUGCCGCUGGUCGAGUUACUUUUGCGCCAUGGAGCAAGGGACGACGCAGGGGAUGCAGUUGCUUGCGCCGCCGCGAACCAGGAUGAACUGAUUGUGGCUCGAUUGUUGGCGACCAAGUCUUAUCCUGAUCCAGAAUACAAGAUAAAUAAACGAGCUUUAGAUGCAGCAGGAUCUGUGGUUGCAGCAAGGACUGGUGAUAAUGUCACGAUGUCACCAGUGCGUCAGACCAAGGCAAAUGAGGAUGCUGUUACUUACAGUGCUCUUUUUCCGAGUACUCCAACUAUGCUAAAUUGGCAUAAUCAACGAUGCCACUUGAGUAAUAUCAGACCACAAUGGCUAAGUGCAGCAGCCCUGCACUGCAACCCAAAAUUAAAGGGACAUCCCAAAGGAGCAGAACUCGCAUUGGCUGCUUUGACACGAAUUGAUUUAUCCUGCAAUAGUUUGGUUAGCCUUCCAGAAGUUGUUUUCCAGCUAACCAGCCUUAAAUAUCUAAAUGUAGCUCAAAAUAAAAUAGAGCGUUUGCCAUUACCCAGUGAAAACAAAUCUAAAAAACGUUAUGGCAAAAAAGAUCCGACCAAGCACGAUUAUGGUUGCCAAGUGCUCGAAGAAAUUUAUCUACAGGAUAAUCGUCUAGAUGAGUUGCCAGAGGCUUUGUUUAGACUUCCUGGUCUCAUAACAGUUGAUGCAUCAAAUAAUAAAUUACGGAGCUUGCCUUUUGCAAUGUGGAGGGCUCCACAAUUAAGGGAAUUGAGUGUGGCUUUUAAUUUGUUAAGAGAACUUCCAUUUCAAGACGAGGCUAUAGAUAGUGAUAACGAUGGAGUUAGUGUAAGUUCCAGUGAUUCUCGUCUAUCUCUUAGUGAAUGUAGCAAUACCGAGUCUGCUGAUAAUAGUUUUAAACAAAAACAUUGGGCUGUGAGUGAAAUAGAACUGCAGAAACACCACAUAUGGUCGAAUAGUUUAGAGAUAACCGAACAAGUAUUACAUUGUGAAGAUAAUGUUACUGAAAAUAGUUCACAACUAUCUUCGUUGAAUUUAGCACAUAAUUUAUUCUCAAGCUUGCCAGUUGCUUUGCCAUGUCUAGCUGUAAAUCUCACAAGACUAAAUUUAUCUUACAAUAGUUUAAGAUCAAUGUCUCACAUUACGAGUUACCCUGCUAGUCUAAAACAACUUGAUCUUAGCCAUAACCAGAUAACAUGCUGGCCUAGUCUACCACAAAUCGAGGCAUGUGACUUGAUGGAGUUGGCUCAUUUGACAUGUUAUCAACCUCAAGAAAGUUCCAAUAUAAAAUCUAAACUGAGCAUACAAGCCUCCGGACACUCAGCAAGAUCUCUUCGCAGUGGUGUCCUGCAGGCAGUCUGCUGCCAUCGUCGUCAUUUGCGCCUGGACGCAUUGCGCACUCUGGUGCUUGCUGAUAAUCGUUUGCGAAGGAUACAACUGACGACAGACGACGAUUUGGAAGCGGCUGCAGGAAGUGGUAAUGCUGGAGGUGCUGGAGGCGGAGGCAGUUCUGCUGGGGAUUGGCUUGCUGUCGCUUGGUGUUUCCCAAAUCUAUCAAUGUUGGACAUCAGUAAUAAUUGUUUAAAAGAAAUUCCAACAGCCAUACAUGAGUUGUCCAAUCUUUCAGUACUCAAUGUCAGUGGUAACACUGAUAUUACUGAGUUGCCUCCACAUAUGGGCUUAUUGUCUCGUUUAUGGAAUCUUAAUACCAGAGGUUGCUCUUUGCAAGAACCACUGAAAUCUAUGAUCGAAUCUAAGAAGUAUAAGACAAUGGAUAUAAUAGGAUAUUUGAAGUCAAUACUCGAAGAUGCUAGACCAUACGCCAGAAUGAAAUUAAUGGUAGUCGGUAUACAAGGAAUUGGUAAAACUAGUUUGUUAGAACAGUUAAGACAGGAUGGUUCCAAUAAUCGAAAGAAAACUACAGAUCAUUGGGCCAAACGCAUGGGUCACAAAAACAUCAACCAAAAAACGCACAGAGGUACCAAUAUGUCCACAGUUGGUGUGGACAUUGGUGAUUGGACCCUUGAUCGCAAAGGACGUGGUCACCAGAUGCCAAAUUAUGGACCUGUGGUUUUUCGGACUUGGGAUUUCGGUGGCCAGAAAGAGUACUAUGCUACUCAUCAGUAUUUCUUGUCGAGGAGAAGUUUGUAUUUAGCUGUUUGGCGAAUAACGGAUGGCAGACGUGGUUUGGACGAGCUACAUCAGUGGCUGGUGAAUAUUCAAGCAAGGGCACCUGGUUCGCCUGUUAUAUUGGUUGGGACACAUUAUGAUGCAGUCGGAGAGUCGUUUCCUGUUGCUCUCGCAGAAGAACUGCAAGAACUGGCUCGAGAACGUUUUGUAGCUGCAGCAGGUGAUGCAGAAAAGCUCGGUUUACCUCGUGUUCUGGACAGCGUGCAGGUCAGCUGUCGAACUGGACGAAAUUUACGUCAAUUGCGUGAUAUGCUUUAUGAGACAGCAUUCUCUCUGAGACUUCCAGGUAGCAAGGAACCAUGGUUACAGCAACGUGUACCAGCAUGUUAUCUUGCAUUAGAAGAAUGUGUAUCUGCACUAGCGUCCAGGCUGCGAGCUGGUGGCGAACCUGUUGUACGAGGUGCAGAACGUUAUAGAACCUUGGUAGCCAGAGAAAUGCAAAGCAGGGGCCACAAACCGUUUAGAGACGCAGCAGAACUGGCGCAGGCUACCAUGUUUCUCCACGAUAACGGUGUUCUACUUCACUACGAUGAUGCCACUUUGAAAGAUCUAUAUUUUCUAGACCCUCAAUGGCUUUGUGAUGUACUCGCACAUGUGGUAACCAUCAGAGAAAUAAAUCCAUUUGCACGAACUGGCAUUAUGCGUUUGGAAGACUUGGCCCUUCUGUUUCGCGGUGCUUCUGCUUCCAUGAACGGUGUUGGAGGCUAUGUUGUUAGCUUGUUGAACAAAUUUGAAGUUGCAUUAACUUGGGAUAGCAGGACUUUGCUUAUACCAUCUUUGCUUCCUGCUGCAGAAGAAGAUAGGGGACCUGGUGAAGAAGUUACCGUUAAGAUCGCUUUGCGUUCAAAAGGUUGGGCUGUCAGAAAUAAAAAGCUUGCAUCAGGCGACAUGCCUUUUAUCUUGAAUUCUCCAUCAUUUUCUGAUACUCCUCGUGAUAUGUUAGAAGUAACAAAACGUGCUCGUCCAGAACGCGCCAUAUCCCGUUUGCUUCUAAUGUCUUAUUCACCAUCUGGAUUUUGGUCCAGAUUGAUGACCAGAGUUUUAGCUGAUGAUGCUGUUUUGGACGCCGUUCGGGGAUUUUUUGUUCUGCCUUCUGAUGUUUCUCAAGAUGCUGCGCUUGCAAAGGCAUUGGAUGUCAAAGCUGAAUGGUCUUUGUGGCAAACUGGCUUGAGACUUAGAUAUGGAGAUGUGACAAUAUUCACAAUGAGAGAAGUAACUGAAACCACGCCGAAGCCGUAUAAACAUCUUAGGUAAAAAUAAUUUAAAGAAGAAGGUGUCUGGUGCGAUUUGGAUGCACGCUCCUCAUCCGUCCUGGAAGUUCACUUUCCUGCACACGACCUGGUGGUCAGACGUCAUGUGACUUCACCUAUGAUGGAUGAUGAACACGAACCAGGAACUGAUCGUCGAAUGCGAUAUCAAACAAGUGCAGUAGAUAGAGGAGAAAUAGUUUUAACACCUUGUUCUAGGGCUACAGCACAAUUAUUGGCGUUGGCAGUUGAUCAUAUUGAUAUACUGUUGGAGGACUGGUAUCCUACAUUAGGUACAAGAUUUGUGCAUACUUCUGAAGGCAAAUUUUUAGUUACUCGAAUCGUACCUUGUCCAAAGUGUUUGUUGUGUGUACCAGCUGAUCAGAAUGAUCAAGGACCAGAUUCUCCUGAACCUGGUGCAAGCUCUUCACUUCAUGAUCGUCUCUCUAAGGCUUUUGUAGAACCCCCACGACCUCCGGCUCCUCAGCCAGUUGCUGCACCGCCUCAACGUCCUCGGGCUUCCCAAGAUUCCCUCCUGGCCUGGUCUGAUGGUGACAGCGGUGUAGGCCAAUCAGGUGGUUCAAGUCGUAACUGCUCCAUAGAAGGGGCUCCACAAAACGCUGCUCCAUCAGGUCCUGAAUCACCGCCCUUGCCUUUGAGCUAUUGUUGGACUGUAGAGGAAUGUAUUUUAGCAGCAAGUGAUACGAAAAGGGUGCAGUGUCCUUCGCAUGGGGAUCAGGAGUUGAAGCAGAUCGCACCUGAUACCGUUUUUAUGGAUUUAAGUCCACGCCUAAUAAUACGAUCCAAAGAAAUAAUUCGCGGUCCUCUUUUGGGUCGUGGAGCCUUUGGUUUCGUAUUUCGAGCUCAAUAUGCUCGAGAUCUUUCAUCAGCUGCAAGUGGCGAUGGGAAUCGACGUGGUGACACCAGAUCGGCAACAGUGGCGCCUCGUGAUGUCGCCAUGAAAAUGCUGCAACCGGUGCAACCUGGACCUAGGGCUCGUCAAAGCGCUAUAAUUGCUUAUAAGGCUGCUCAAGGAAAAUGGGAACGUGAUCCUUUGCAAUACGCAUGUAAAGCAUAUUGCACUGCACGACAGGAACUUAAUAUCCUACUUAAUUUAAGUCAUUCAAAUAUUGUGCCACUGGUUGGUGUAUGUGCUCGACCUUUAGCUCUUGUCUUGGAGCUGGCACCAGGAGGUGCCCUGGAUGCUGCUUUAAGGCACUUGCGUCGUAGUGGGGCUCGAUUACGUCCUAGGGCUCUGCGGGCUUGUGCUCUGCAAGCUGCUAGGGCUCUGGAGUACUUGCACGGGCGAAGGGUUAUAUACAGGGAUCUGAAGGCUGAAAAUGUGCUCGUGUGGCGCUUACCACCACCAGGAAUGGAUGCAGACACAGAGGAUGAUGUUCACAUCAAACUUGCUGACUAUGGUAUCUCGAGAUUAGCUCUUCCAAGCUCAGGUGCCAAAGGCUUUGGUGGAACAGAAGGCUUUAUGGCUCCUGAAAUGGCAAGACACAAUGGUGAACUUGAGUAUACUGAAAAAGUUGACUGUUUCUCAUACGGAAUGCUUUUGUAUGAACUGAUAGCUUUAAGACAGCCUUUUGAAGGCUGCGAAGCCGUCAAAGAGGCUGUUCUGGAUGGUGGACGACCACCGUUAACCAGCAGGGAAGCACAAUGUCCAUCCUAUUGUUUGGAUUUGAUGUCACUCUGUUGGUCAGCACGACCUGGUGACCGACCAACUGCUAGUCAAAUGGUGAGUUGUGCUAGUGCUCCUGAAUUUGCCAGACUGGCUGAUAUUGUUAGUGUAUCCAAAGCUGCUGCGACAGUUUCUGGCUCUGUUGGUGGAGUUACAGCUGUAUCUGCUAGAAGAGAUUAUGAUGAUCCCGAAGGAUCUUGGGAUCUCUUCAUCGCCCGCAGUGACCGUCGUGUUGAUGUAUUACAUUGUUACGAGUCUAGUGCUUCUUGGAGUCCAACAGCUCAUCGUCUUUAUGCCUCAGCAUCGAAAACUAGUAGCACUUCUUCUGGGGCACCAAAAAAAGUUGUUUCAACUGCUGCGUGUUAUGUGGAACCGUCUCAAGCUUUUUGGUUGGGAGAUGCUGCAGGAAGAUUGCAUGCAUAUGAUGCAACAGAUUGCAAACCAUUGUUCACAUAUGAAUUAGACUCAGCUCCUGAAGAGGGUUCAGAAGAUUCUGAAAACACUGCUGCUUUACCACCGUCUGCUGUAAGUUGUCUUUUACCGCUACCUGCUUACCAAAUGAAUAGGGACCAGGAUUUAUCAUCGAAUGAUAAACCAGAUUCAUCAGGUUUGGUUGCUUGUGCCCUGGCUGGUGGUCGUCUCUUCUUGGUCGAUGGAAUAGAUCCACCUGCAGGACCUUCACACUGCGAAGGAUCCUUUGUUCUCACCGAAUUGGGUCCUGGAGCACCUGUGCGCAGCCUUGCUUGUGUUGGAGAAAACGAAUCCUGUUUUGAGUUAUGGUGUGGUCUAGAAGGCGGGCAUAUAUCUAUUUUUACAAUGAAGGGCCAUUCUGUAUGUGGACAUGAUUCUGUAGAUCAUUUUAAUGAACAACACAUGCGAUUUCAUUCUGAUCAUAGACAGUUCUAUCACAAAGAGGACUAUGACAACGAGAGUGGAAACGACAGUUCUCCAGACACCGGUGUCCAUGUAGCUAGAGUUAAACAAAUUCAAAAUAAAUUAUCUAAAGAUUGCUCCAAUCAAACUUCUGUCACACUACUUCAGGCUGCUGGACAUAGAGUGUGGUCGUAUGUGCAUCCUGGUUGCAUAGUGUAUCAAUGGGACUAUGAGUCAAGAUGUAUUGAAAACAAACUGGAUUGUUCAAAACUUGUGCCUUGUUCUGAAAGUCUGAAAUCUAUUUCAAUUGAAGAACAUCUUAGCCCUGGCCGAUGUCAGGUAACAAGUAUGUGUGUUUUAAAUGAUGAAAUUUACAUUGGAACACAAUGGGGUUGUAUAAUUGUAGCAGAAAUGGAAUCGCUUAGGCCUAUUACAAUAUUUAGGCCCUAUGAGGAACAGGUCAGCGCCAUAAUACCUCUAACCUACGAACACCAAUCCGAAGACGACACUUCAACCAUCACCAGCACCACAACACCAUCAUCAUCCACCAUAUCCCGCUCCUGCUCCUCUCGUUUCACUUCAAGGGACCCCCGUUGCGAAAGGGCCUGCUGCGAGCCUCUCAUAGCCACAGUGGGGCUCGGUUAUCGGAGUCUCAUAGAACGUUAUGUGACUCCUGCAGGAGGUGAUAACACCUCGUCAAGGGAUGCUGGUGAAGUUAUUGGUUGUGAUGUUGCAUGUGAUGCUGCUGCUGCAGGAGGCGGGUGUUAUGUGAGAAAGGGGGCGCCACAUGCACUGCUGUGGAGGGCUGGACAUUGGGGAGUACCGUGAAAGGUAAUAAUUGAUUAUAGGGAAGAUGUAUUUGUUGAUUAUAGGUAAAUAUUUUAUAUUGUUUUGACGGAGGUGACAAAUAUUUAACAUGUUAAUUAGCAUGAUGAUAUCAGAAAAAAAUUCACA